UGUCAGGAGAUGCAGGCCGGCUACCAUGUGACGCGGUCCAGAGCUGAAGGGAUUGGCCGAGGCAGCGCAGGCGGUGCAGCUCGGCCGGCUCGCGGCUCCUCUCCCUUUCUCUCGCAGCAUCUUCCUGGGAGCCUGUAGGUGAAGCAGCACCAGCAGCAUCCAUGGCCUAUCUUUGGGGUUAACACUGGUCUCCUUUGGCUUUAGCAGUGGACAGAGCAGAUCUCUCGGCAGCAGCGUUGUGAGGACUUAGCUGGGACCUGGAAUUGUACCCUCCUGUAUUUUUUCAGACUCCUUGGAAAUUAAGGAAUGCAAUUCUGCCACCAUGAUGGAAGGAUUGAAAAAACGUACAAGGAAGGCCUUUGGAAUACGGAAGAAAGAAAGGGACACUGAUUCUACAGGUUCACCAGAUAGAGAUGGAAUGCAGGGGAAAAAAAAGACCCAGAAGACUCAGCUUCUCCUCACCUCUUGCUUCUGGCUCAGAGCCCUCUCGUUAACUCUGUCUCAGCAGCCCAGCCCACAUGAACCACCCUACCAUAACAAAGCAGAGUGUGCGCGUGAAGGAGGAAAAAAAGUUUCGAAGAAAAGCAAUGGGGCACCAAAUGGAUUUUAUGCAGAAAUUGAUUGGGAAAGAUACAACUCACCUGAGCUGGAUGAAGAAGGCUACAGCAUCAGACCCGAGGAACCUGGCUCUACCAAAGGAAAGCACUUUUAUUCUUCGAGCGAAUCAGAAGAGGAAGAAGAAUCACACAAGAAAUUUAAUAUCAAGAUUAAGCCAUUGCAGUCUAAAGACAUUCUUAAGAAUGCUGCCACUGUAGAUGAGCUGAAGGCGUCGAUAGGCAACAUUGCACUUUCCCCGUCACCAGUGAGGAAAAGUCCGAGGCGCAGUCCGGGUGCAAUUAAAAGGAACUUAUCCAGUGAAGAAGUGGCAAGACCCAGGCGUUCCACACCAACUCCAGAACUUAUAAGCAAAAAACCUCCCGAUGACACUGUGGCCUUUGCUCCCCUCUUUGGCCCACCACUAGAAUCAGCUUUUGAUGAACAGAAGACGGAAGUUCUUUUAGAUCAGCCUGAGAUAUGGGGUUCAGGCCAACCAAUUAAUCCAAGCAUCGAGUCGCCAAAGUUAACAAGGCCCUUUCCCACUGGAACACCUCCACCACUGCCUCCAAAAAAUGUACCAGCCACCCCACCCCGAACAGGCUCCCCCUUAACAGUUGGACCAGGAAAUGACCAGUCAGCCACAGAGGUCAAAAUUGAAAAGCUACCAUCAAUCAAUGACUUGGACAGCAUUUUUGGUCCAGUGUUGUCCCCCAAGUCUGUUUCUGUCAAUGCUGAAGAAAAGUGGGUGCAUUUUUCUGAUACGUCCCCGGAAAAUGUUACUCCAGAGUUGACUCCAAGGGAAAAGGUGGUGUCCCCACCAGCUGCAUCAGACAACCCAGCUGACUCCCCAGCUCCGGGCCCUCCAGGUCCUCCAGGCCCCCCAGGACCUCCUGGUCCUCCUCGCAAUGUACCAUCGCCGCUCAAUUUAGAAGAAGUCCAGAAGAAAGUCGCUGAGCAGACCUUCAUUAAAGAUGAUUACUUAGAAACAAUCUCGUCUCCUAAAGAUUUUGGGUUGGGACAGAGAGCAACUCCGCCUCCCCCGCCACCACCCACCUACAGGACUGUGGUUUCAUCCCCCGGACCUGGCUCAGGCAGUGGUACGGGGACCACCAGCGGUGCAUCGUCCCCUGCUCGGCCAGGCACUCCCUUGGUUCCUUGCAGCAGCACUACCCCACCGCCGCCUCCUCCCCGGCCUCCAUCUCGGCCAAAGCUGCCUCCGGGAAAGCCUGGGGUCGGAGAUGUGCCCAGACCUUUUAGCCCUCCCACACAUUCUUCCAGCCCUCCUCCGAUAGCACCUCUAGCCCGAGCCGAAAGCACAUCUUCGAUAUCGUCCACCAAUUCCUUGAGUGCAGCCACCACUCCCACAGUUGAGAAUGAACAGCCUUCCCUCGUUUGGUUUGACAGAGGAAAGUUUUAUUUGACUUUUGAAGGUUCUUCCAGAGGACCCAGCCCCCUUACCAUGGGAGCCCAGGACACCCUCCCUGUUGCAGCAGCAUUUACAGAAACGGUCAAUGCCUACUUCAAAGGAGCAGAUCCAAGCAAAUGUAUUGUGAAGAUCACUGGAGAAAUGGUGUUGUCCUUUCCUGCCGGCAUCACCAGACACUUUGCCAACAACCCAUCGCCAGCAGCUCUGACUUUCCGGGUGAUAAAUUUCAGCAGGUUAGAACACGUCCUGCCAAAUCCCCAGCUGCUCUGCUGCGAUAAUACCCAAAAUGAUGCCAAUACCAAGGAAUUCUGGGUAAAUAUGCCAAAUUUGAUGACUCACCUAAAGAAGGUGUCGGAACAAAAACCGCAGGCUACAUAUUAUAACGUGGACAUGCUCAAAUACCAGGUGUCUGCCCAGGGGAUUCAGUCCACGCCUCUGAACCUGGCCGUGAACUGGCGAUGUGAGCCGUCCAGCACGGACCUGCGCAUAGAUUACAAAUACAACACGGAUGCGAUGACAACCGCGGUGGCCCUCAACAACGUGCAGUUCCUGGUCCCCAUCGAUGGAGGAGUAACCAAACUCCAGGCCGUGCUCCCACCAGCAGUCUGGAAUGCUGAACAACAAAGAAUAUUGUGGAAGAUUCCCGAUAUUUCUCAGAAGUCAGAAAAUGGAGGGGUGGGUUCUUUAUUGGCAAGAUUUCAGUUAUGUGAAGGCCCAAGCAAACCUUCCCCAUUGGUUGUGCAGUUCACAAGUGAAGGAAGCACCCUUUCUGGCUGUGACAUUGAACUUGUUGGAGCAGGUUAUCGAUUUUCACUCAUCAAGAAAAGGUUUGCUGCAGGAAAAUAUUUGGCAGAUAACUAAUAAAACCUUAUGCAAGGAUUUGGAGGAUUUGUAUGAUGGAGAACUGUUGUAUGAGAAACAGGUUUUAAUUUUGGUUUGAUGAAAACAAACCAAAAUCUGCACUUGGGAUAUAUCUGCUGGAAACAUCAGUAACUUUCAGCAACGACUUCCCUCACAUGAUCCAGUGAUGACCAGUCCUACAGUAUUUACUUCUAGGUGUAAUAUUGUUAAUGGUUUUAAAAUGUAAUUAUUGUAUUUGUAAAUUGUACUCACUUCAGUAAGGCAGUUACACACUCGAGUUUUAGCAUUUUACCAUUCCUGAAAUGGAUGUAAUUUAAACUGUGGUAUGUAAAUUUAAUAGUAGUACUGUUGAAUGGCACAGUGCUUACAGAGGUAGAUUGCAUUUUGUCAAUAUACAAAAUUUAAAUAUAAUAUGGAUAGAUGUCAUAAAGGGGGUGCCACAUAUGAAGAAAAUUAAGUGGAACCAGAAAAAACUUCCUUUUCUUUAGUCCUUAGUAUGUUUUACUCUAGUGCUAAAUAAAAAUUCUAUCUUCAAAUGUUUAGUGGGUUAAAUUCAGAAACUAUUUCAGAAAAAAAAAUUCUAAGGUUACAGCAUAUUCAAAGAAAAGCAUUAUCACUUUUUAAAAAGCUUUUUUUUCAAACUGCAAAUUUCAUAAAAUGCAAACUGUGUAAACAAGGCCUCUUAUUUUUAUAACUUGUGUAAAAAGGGAAAGCAAUUCAUAUUUAAAGUUUAAGUAUAUGAAAUUAUAAUCAAGAGUAAAGAAGAUAUUGAAGUUUUAAUUACUUUCCCCUCUCUCUACAGUUUAGGAAAUGUGGAGAUUGCUGAAUAAUUAGUCAGGCUGAAACCAAAAUUGCGAUUUUAAAAUAAAUUUCAAGACUUUUCAUCGUUGAACUGGUUAACAGCUUUUGCACAAUUACUCUAAACAGAGAGUCUCUCCCAUCUAGCAUGGAGAAUGGUACCAAGGAUCUUCUUCGUUACUCAUAAAAAUCAAAACAUUGAGACUAAAAAUCUCAGAAGAAAUAUUUUAGUGCCCUGUUUAAAUCCAGAAGGAGAAUUUUAAUCGCCAUCAUUUAUGUCAUUUGGGAAGGAAGAAAAUAAGCUUUAUAAAUGAAAUUCUAUCCACAUUAUUGUGCAAUAAAUUUCCUUUUGGAUAAGAUUCAUUGUAUGUAACUAUAAAUCUUUGCCAUUCUUGGGGAAUCCAAAAGAGAGUUAUCAAAAAUUUGUGUCAUGAUUUCAUUGUUGCAAGGUAUAAUAAACACUGUAAUAACUCAGUCUGGCCUCAUAAUCUGGGCAUUCAGAACAGAGAAGCAGCUCGUCAGGGGUCCCAGUCGUAAAACCUUUCUCUGUUACCAUCUGAAAACACGAAUCUUCCUUUGAGUCACAGAACUUAUUUUAAACAUAAACGAAUUAUUGUCUUAGGUUAUACUAUUAAAGAACUGUAAUUACUAAGUUGUUAUAUUUAUCAUUAGUUGCUAAAUUUUAUUUUACGUUCACUCAUAUUCGACAAAGAAUCUUUAGCUCCUUUAAAUUUUAGAAUCAAAUUAAAUUUUGUAAGUCUUACUUUUAAAAUGAGGUUGUGACUGGCAAUUGUUUAUAGUGGAACUUUUUAAAUUAAUAUUUGUACUUCUCAGUCAGUGCUUGCAACCAAGAGAGCGUUCAAAGUGAUCUGUUUUACCUUAGGAGAACUCUUACUAUUCAAACUCUCAAUUGGCUCAGUCUGGUGUGGAAGUUUUUUGAACAAAUAAUUAAUAUACUCAUUUUAAGUAAAGAUAUUCAAUUUGAUUUUGAAACCAACAUAGAAAAGGCAAACUUUUAAAUCCCAUGAAACAUGGGGAAUUUAUUUCAAACACUGAAACCAAUGGAGAGUAUGCUGCAGAAAAUUGAGAAUUAUCCAUCAUUUGAAAAUAAAUUGUGUUUUUAAGUAAUCAAUUCAUGAAAAAACAUAUUGAGUAUUAACACAAAGAUAUUAAAAAUGUGUAAAUAUU